UUAUUUUUGCGGAUCGUGGAAAAAACCGCAAAAAUCGCAAAAAUUAGAACCCACACAUUAGUGCCACACGGUACUUUAAAAUGGAAGUCGUUCCGGUCACAAAAGACGUACGUACACAUUGCGAGCCUAUGUGAAGGCCCGCGCGCGUUGACUGGGAGCUAGCCACGUUUCAUGAAAUUCAAAUGAGCAUUCACGCGCCAGGCGCCACGUUUCAGUGAAUUUUCCGCAAUUCCGCGAUCAGCUGAGCGAUGUUGUAAACAAAAUAUUUAAAUUACAUUUAAAGAGGACGAUCUUAGAAUGGCUUCCUAGCUUCUGGAAUUACUUAUAAAAUGGAAGUCCAAGGAUUACACCGUACGAAGUUACCUCUGAUCAACCGUUCGCUACUGCCAACAAAGCUACUCAACCUGUUCUUGUCGGCGGGCGAAACGAACUUGCUGCCGUUUUUGCCCAUGUACUAUCGUUUUAUUGGACUGACAGCCUUUCAAAGCGGUAUUUUAGGAUGCGCGAGACAUUUGGUAUCCUUUUGGGCUUCCCCUUUGCUGCGGAUUCUAGCGGAAAAGACAAACAGGAGGAAGUUCCUUUUUCUCGCGUUACUAUUGGCUGCUGUGAUUUCCAACAUUUCUCUUGGACUAACAAACACAGUUGUGUCCACAAAAAAAUUUCGGGCCUACAACUGCGAGAAGAUUGCAUUUAGUCACAGUAUUUCGAGAGUCAAUGGAUCAAACUUUAGUCAACUAAAUGCAUCAACAACAUCAGGAGAAAUUGCCACAACAGGUGCAUCGACUGUUACAAUACUCUCGAAUGGACCAUCAUUGGGAAAUUUCACGCAAUUAACUGACAAUCAUUCCACGAUCAACAAAACCAGUAACUUGUCUGACACUGGAAUGAGGAACUUUGAUCAGACGAGCAACAGCUCUAAUGGAACUUUAUAUUUGAUCAAUUCGACGCUUCUGACCCAAAGCGUUAAUAAUUCACUAAGCACCAUAGAAUCUCUAUACGAUAACUUCACCAAUUUUGAAGUUCAAAGUAAAUGGUACCGCCUGUACGGGUUCCAAAUGGAUCAUACCUUUAAAAUUCUACUGACCUUGGUUUUUCUCUCUGAACUUUUCUCAUCUUCUGCGAAAGGAAUCAGCAGAAGCAUAUUUUGCGACAUUUUGCGACAGAACAAAGGGUCCCGUUCAGGAACCCAUGUUUGGACUACUAUUGGCGCUGUGCUUGGGGGUGGGGUGUUAAUUAUGGCCAUAGGCUAUCAUCACUGUGAUUUUGGCUUAAAGAAUAGUUUCUACUUACAUUUUUUCAGUUUUGCAAUUUUUGGAGCUCUGUCCUUUGUUCUUGGGGCAGUUUUGAAGGAACCUGAGCAGAAGUCACUCUUGGUUCUGAGGUUUGGAAAAACCUUGGCAUAUCUGUGUUGCGAUGUAAACAUGAUAUGUUUUCUUGCUGUACUUCUAGUGCUUGGCAUGGCUGAGUCCCUCAUGUACAACUUUAUGAUGUGGUAUCUACAAGACAUCGGAGCAUCAAUUAUCGUUAUGGGGGUCAUUGUGACCACAACUGCAUUUUCUGAAAUUCCGAUGCUGUGCAUCUCAAAACACUUGAUCCGCUGCUUUGGUCAUCACUGGGUGAUAUUUGUGUCCCUCUUCUGUUAUGGAGGCCGUUUCCUAUAUUUUUCAUACUUUAAAAGCCCUUUGCUUAUAAUUCCCAUAGAGCUUCUUCGUGGGCUUUCAUAUACAACAGUUCAAUCUGCAUGUGGAUCAUAUGCAGCCUCUGUGUCCCUCCAUGGAACAGAAAAGACCUUAAAAGUGAUUUUCUCUACAGUUUACUAUGGUUUCGGUAUGGGUAUAGGUGGCAUUGCUGUUGCACUUUUAUAUCAGAUUUAUGGACCUACAGUUGUUUUUCGCUGCGCAGCUGGGGUGUGUGGUGUAUAUGCGCUGGUGUUUGCGCUGCUUCAGUGUAUUUUAGUGCUACCUGAUGGAGACAGAACUGGUGGGAAGGUAAUGGAAUACCAAAAGAUAAAUUUGGAUGGAGAGAGAGGAGACUUUACUUUUCAGCAAGAUUGGCUGAUGGAAGCCCUUCAAGCAGAAGAGGAUGGCGAAGAUGAGACCCACUUUAUGAAAUGAGUGACUGAUGACUUGAUUUAUAAUAAGUGCAUGGUUAAUUAAACAAAGAAAGGUUAAGAAGAAACAUGCAAUGUGUGGCAAUGUUGAAGAUAGAAAUUUGUUGCCUUUAUCUGGACAGCAAAAAUGAUUGGUAACAAAAACAGUUUACAUAAUGCUGUUUACCUUUCUAAAAACUCUCUUGUUUUAAUAGCAAAACAUGUACAGGAUGUAAAGACAGGGCAUGAAACCUAACCAGGUUCAAUCCUUAUUUUUUGAAAGCUGAUUAGUGCAACUAAUCCAGGAUUUUCCAUCUAAGUUCGUGUAGAGAUUUUGAAGCUACUUUUUAGCUGACAGUUUUGAUUGUGGUGGGUUAAAAUAUGAAACUUAAACAAAAAAAUUAAAACUGACAGACUUUUUCAGGGUUUGGAAAAAUUCAGUUCAACAAAUACCUUGCAAAAUCCUGGUUGGUGUGAAUUGGUUUUCAACCAACCAUUAUGCUUAAUAAAUCAUAACUCACUUGAUUUGGUUAUCCUGUCUUCAUAAAAAGAGAGCUGCUUUAAUUUUUGUCUGAAAUCACAACAGCAUGGAAAAGAAAUGAGUUUGUGUGUCACCAAUAUUGAACUGGGCCUCUAAAAGGCAGAUGAUUGGAUGACAUAAUUGGCUAGUGAGCUGGCUGCCUGGUAACAAAGUGGCAAUGAAUUAAUUUGAUACAAUUUUCUGUUCUGAAUUUUAAAUAAGUUACCAUAAAUAAUUUUUAAUAUCAGCUUUGAGAACACGGUGUUCCACUCAUUGUACUAGCAAACAGUGCUAUUUAACAAUUACAUUAUGAGCUCAAGAUUUCUAUGAGGUGAUAGUUGAUGAGGCCAAAGGUAGAAU